AUGCCCACCGCCUACCCCGAAGCACUGGGCUUCCGCUCCUUCGCGCGCGCCAACGCCGCCGCCUCGCUCGACGAGCAGCGCGCCCUCGUCGCCGGCGGCACGCAGGGCAUCGGCGCCGGCAUUGCGCUGCGCUACGCCCUCGCCGGCGCCGAGGUCUGGCUCAUUGGCCGUUCGCGCGAGCGUGGAGAUGCGGUGGUGCAGAAGCUGCAGCAGGCGUCGCAGGAGUAUCAGCGCAGGAGCGGCAAGGCCGCGCACACGAGCGGCGCCAAGGAGCACGUCUUCUUCAGCGCCGAUCUGGCAGACGCAAGGGAGAUCACGCGCGUCGUCGAGGAGGUCCGGCAGAAGGCCGGCGAGAAGGGCAUUGACUGGAUCGUGCAGACGCAGGGCGGUCCGCCGACAGGCACGUUCCGCGAGAACGCCGCGGGCGGCUAUGAGCAGCGCUUCGCCGUGCAGUGCCUGUCGCGCUUCGGCAUUGCGGCACAGCUGGCCGCGGCAGGCGUGGUCAAGGCGGGCAUCAUUCUUGUGGCUGCGCCGGGCUCGGGCGGCAACAAGGCCGUCGACGUGGAGGACCUCGACUUUGCAAAGGCGCGCCAGACGGGCGAGUGGAAGAGCGGAGUAUUUGGCCUGCUUGCGCAGGGUGCACGACAGAGCUCAGUGCUCGACAGUGUCUCUCAGACGCUGGCAGAGCGCCACCCGGCGCUUCGCAUCGCACACGUCUUUCCGGGACUCUGCAAGACGAAUGCACUGGCGAAUGCCGGCGGACCUCAAGUGGUGCAAUGGCUUGCAGACACGUUUGGCGGCAUCGUCAUGAACAAGCCAGGCGUGGGCGGGUUUGCUGAAGUGCCUUUCUAUCUCGCGGCGACUGCCGAAGGCCGUCAGCUGAUGCAAAGCGGCCAAGCAAACCUCUUCUCGCCCGGACUGCGCCGCUACGAGCUGUCGCCCAACGUCCGCGAGCUCUCGGUGCGCGAGAAGAUCUGGGAGCGCCUCAGUGCAGCGCUGCGCUGA